AACAAGGCUCCUUCCAGUUCACAACUCUGGGAAGACGCACGAAGAACUUCUUGCUUCAACAGUGAUUGAACGGAACUCUUCUGCCCGCCUCCCGCGCUAUAUAACAUUUCGGAUUGAUAACGUAAUAAUUACUUGAACUGUCUUAGUAAAAUAAUAUAAGAAUCUCUAUAGUUGUACCGUUAAUUUUGAUAUAAAAUUAAAAUGGAGUCUCAGGUCCGCCAGAACUAUCACCACGAUUGCGAAGUUGCGAUCAACCGGAUGAUCAACAUGGAGAUCUUUGCCUCUUAUACUUACACUUCAAUGGCUUUCUAUUUCUCCCGUGACGAUGUGGCUCUGCCUGGCUUCGCGCAUUUCUUCAAGGAGAACAGCGACGAGGAGCGGGAGCACGCCGACAAGCUACUCUCCUUCCAGAACAAGAGAGGUGGACGCAUUUUACUCCAGGACAUCAAGAAGCCAGACCGUGAUGAGUGGGGCAAUGGGCUGGAGGCCAUGCAGUGUGCUCUGCAGCUGGAGAAGAAUGUGAACCAGGCCCUGCUGGACCUGCACAAGAUUGCCUCUGACAAAGUUGACCCCCAUCUGUGUGACUUCCUGGAGACUCAUUACCUGAAUGAGCAGGUGGAGGCCAUUAAGAAGCUGGGAGACCACAUCACCAACCUCACCAAGAUGGAUGCUGUCAACAACAAGAUGGCAGAGUACCUGUUUGACAAGCACACCCUGGGAGACCAAGAUGGAUGCUGUCAACAACAAGAUGGCAGAGUACCUGUUUGACAAGCACACCCUAGGAGGCCAGAGCUAAACCACUUCCAGCCUCAGACCAGGACUCCUGGCUUCUCUGAUAGAUCCUACUGGCUUUACAUUUAUAGGGAGGGGAGAGUGUUAAACUGGUGCAGUGUAACACAGCUGUGACAUUGGUAUGUUUUUGUUGACAACACUACUGUAUUUUGGAGGCAAGGCAUCUUGUAAAACAAUUAAAAAAAUAUCACUAAAGGUU